AUGUUUCGAAUCAAGGAGGCCAUUUCCGGCCUGACUGUUAAUCACAACAACAGCCAUCCACCUGAGCCUGAAUUCGAUGAAGAUAUAUCAGAUGAAUUGGCGGAUCAAGUUACACCUCUGGCCAGCACCGCUGUAGCUACCGUACAAGAUGCCAUGCUUCUCCCGUCUGCGGCGUCUUGGUUACGAGACGAGGAAGGUGUUGGCUCAACAAGGCACAGCCGCGCUUCUUCAAUUGUUUCGACACGGACAAAGUACUCUACCAAUUCAAUGCAGGAGGAUGCGCGGAGUAUCAAUAUCGAUGUCGGUGGACAACGUUUCAGAAUUAGCCGGGAUGGCUCGACCAUUACCAACGAUGACCCUCCACCGUACGCACCGCCGGCCGAAAUGAUCCGCUUCUUCAACGCCGAAGACAUGGCGGAAGGAGACAUUGUACGACACCCUCAAAACAUUGAUGAUUUUGAUCCAGGUGCUAGAAGCGUCACCCCGCGGUCCAGUGUCGCCGCCCUCAACCUCGAACCUGGUAUGAGGGCCAAUAUACUAGACCCUUUAGAAUUUGACAUGCUGUCUCCUCCGGUGGUCAGUGGCCAGCGUGGCCAGCGCUCAUUGUCUGUAAGCCUGGUCGAGAACUCGGAGCAAGACGGAACCCCUCGUGCUCGCAGGCCAUCUUACGACGACACGUCAGAUACUCCCAGAAAUAGGACAACAUCUCGCCAGGCGGACCUGCCUCCUACAGGUAGUUCUAUCAUGCCUUCACGGAACCGUCGAAGAGGGCUCUUUAGCCGCCUGCCGCCUCUGGAUACCUCCGGGAGCAAUGGAGGUACAACAACCACAGCUGGGAUCCAACGACAAGGACGGUCCCUGACCAGAUCAUCAGAUGGUCUUGCUCAGGUCCGAUCAGCGGGCGCUAUACUAUCGACUGGACCGGAGCUCCGCGCGCGGCCGCGAUCACCAGACUAUAUCGGGAGGGGUGCCAAUGCAAGGUUUCCCCUCCCACCUGGGACACAAACAAUGCAAAGUUCGGGUCACAUGCAUGAGGAUCAUGAUCCCGCUCCUCCUCCUCCUCCUCCGUCGCAGCAACUGUCAGUGAUGGGGAUCGGGGAUAAUGACGAUCUCAGAGGCGGCAAUGCCACACCAAGUCACACGCCCUUACCCAUGGACACUGAGAAUGACAUCAGUCUUCACUAUGCGAAGAUGAUGAGAAAACUCGACUACACGCAUCGCAAAGUCUUGCACACCAAGGACAAGGAAAUGGCCGAACUACGCGAGAGGCUGCACGAGAAGGAUACCGUUCUGCGGCAACAACUGCGGGCCAAGGACUUUUUGAUCGAAGAUCUGCGGAAGAGACUGUCCAACCUGGAGGAGAACGUCGAGGGUAUGCUCGAGAGAGCGAGAAACGAGGUCGAAGACGUCUGGGAAUCGCGCUGGAAGGACCGCGAUUUCCACCUCCGGGAGAGGAUGCGCCGCAUCGAGGAAGAUGCCCAGACGACCGUGGAACGAGCUCGAGCCGAUCAUGCGUCGUCGUCUGGCGAUGGCAACAGCGAUAGUUCCCUCACGCCUAGUUGA